AUGAAGGAGGUAAGCGGACGUCGAGUGCCUCGAGUUAACUUCAAAUAUGAUUGCCAGCAGCUCGUGCACAUUAUCCAGCAGAAGAAACAAUGGCCUGCUCUAGAUCCAGAAUUGGAUGAAAUUGAAACCAUGAAAUUUGCCUUUAACGCCUUUUCUAUUAAGUUUAUCUCUCGCUGUGAAAAUCUCCGUGCGGACAGUCUUGCUAAAGACGCCUGCUCACGAGUGCAAAGCUUCAGUUCCAUCGAGGACCCUGUUUUUGGAAGUGCACAUUGUGCAUUGGCACAUUACUGGAGCCUCAAGAUGAACAAGUGUGACUUCUUAGCCUACCAAGCUUCGCGUAGGAAUGGAACUCUUGAGAUUCAUUUAGACAAGGAGAAGCAGAGGGUUCUCCUGAGAGGCAAAGCCGUUACUGUAAUGGAAGGCUAUGUCUUGGUCUAA